UAGGUAUGACGCAAUACACGAACGCCACUUGGAUUUAUUUACGUCUGCUUGGCAUAAAAGGCAGUGACUGGCACAGUAGACGAAAUGACUGGCUAAUGAACAUAUUACACGCUACUUCUAUCGCUCAUCUACCCUCAUAAGCCAUCUGGUAUGGUGAUGCAUUAGUUAGUGAUGCGACGUAGUGGUCCUGGAGGGGGUGGGGGAGCAGGGGGGUUUAGUAAACCUCCACCUGCUCCCCUUACACAUGGAGGAUCUGGUCGAGUGCGUCUCCACACGCCUGAGGUCAAUGGUACACUAGGCAAAGAUAGAUUUGGAUCACCUCGAGAAAGAUCACCAAGCCUUGUUAGCAGUUUACCUCUGUCACCGUCUCAUCCAAGCAGCAGGGAGAAAUCCCCAAAUCCUGCCUCCCAGGACCUGCACGACUGUUCCAUGUGUUUAUCAGCAUACAUUCAGUCUUUAAAUACUGUAUGUGGAACUGCAUGCCGCCUGUCCCAGUGUCUGGCACAAGUAUCCUCUGAAUCUGGCUUUGUGGAUUCCUAUGCAAAUGCUGGACAGGGAGCUCCACAGCCUGUACGAGAGGCAGCAGAUGCCUGGGAAGGAGUCGCUCGAGCUGUAGGGGUGGCUAGUGCAGCAGUCAAGACGCAAAUGUUAAUGCUAUUGCAGGAAGUCCAGUCACGUCAAGAUAUGUCAGAAAAUACAAGGAGACAAGAAAUUAAUCGAGUGACCCAGGCAAUGCUGUCUGCCUUCUUGGGCCUCCAGUACCAGUUCUCAGCUGUGGUCAUUGAGCGUUUCACUGGCAUCCUCCAGGCCCUCCGAGAUGACAGUCAGUGUGUUGCCUCCCAGAACCCACCUGGGCUUCAAAUGAACAAACAAUGUCAUUCAUCAAUACCUAUAUCAAAUCAUGUUACAGACGUUUCUCAGCUUUCAGUAUCUAGUCAGUAUGUUCCACAACUUCCAGGACAGCCAGCUUGGCUUCCGGGCCAACCACAACAACAAGGUGGUAUAAAAGGAGUACCGGCGGCGCCUCUCCUGGAGAGCCCUGGGAAAGAGGAUAAACCACGGAGUCGGCACCCCUCUGGCGGCCACUCCCGGCACUCGUCUGCUGCCCCUGGCUGGUCCAACCCAGGCAGUAGUGUUGCUUGCCCAAGUACCACAAAUUAUGGUUCUAAUUCAAAUUAUGGCUCUAGUCUUAGCCUUAGUAUGAACAGUGGGAAUACCCUGUCUCCUGGGACAUGUUACGGAUUAUUUUCUCAUUUGAACGGUGGUGGGUCUGGCUGGCACAGUGAUGCCAUAUCUCGUCGAUGGUCAAUGGGAGGGCCGAGUGCAGAGGGAUGGGAACGAAACUCUAGUUUGGGUCCAUUUAGUUUAAUUGCAAAUAGACGAUGGUCAGUGCCCGAGGCCAGUGAACAUGAUGUGAGUACCAUGAGUGAAGCAGACUCGGUGACCGACUUUUAUGGCAGUUGUGGCCUUCAUGGAGAGUGGAAUGGAACUAUUGGCGGCAGCACAUCUUGGGGCUCUAGAGUUGGACUCCAUGUACCUUCACGAGACAGUAGUGUAACUAGAAGCCCCAGUCACAGUCGCUCUGUUACUCCAGAUCCCGGACGCCAAGGUUCAUUCAUCAGUAAUGAAGAAUUGCAGGACGUGAUAGACCUUUUGUCCCUGCCCCUCACUACUGAUGCUAAUACUAUUGAGACUGGAGGAGGUGGUGAUGGUGGAGGAGGAAAUAGCAGAGGAAGCAGUGGAGGUGGAGGGAGCAGUGGAAGUGGAACUGUAGGUGGUGGUGGUAGUGGAGUUGGAUGUGGAAGUGGAGGAUUAUCAGGAGGUGUAGGGGAAAGUAGUGUAGGAGUUUUAGGUGGUGGUGGAGGAACAGGAACAAGUGGAGGAGGGAGCAGAGGUGGGAGUGGAAGCCGGGGAGUAGGGGGUCCUCAAGGAGCGUCCCCUGUAGGACUAAGUCCAACUCAUCACCCCUGCAUAACCCAACUCUUUGAAGAAGCCAACAAGCAGCAAAAGCAGCAACAGUUGCAGCUUAAAACACAGCAACAGCAGCAGCCCACAAAUCCUCAACCUCCACAAAAAUCUUUGAAACAGCAACAACCACCGCCUCAGCAACAGCAAUAUCGUGAGCAGCUCCAGCAACCUCUGCAGUAUCACCAGCAGCAGCAGUACCCACAGCAACAGUCAGCACAACCACCACAACACCAACAGUAUCACCGUCUACCACCAAGUAAAGGCUGCACCACACCUCACCACUCAUUAGGAGAAGUAGUGGUAGAAGCCCCAGAAAGUAACAGUCAAGUCAGCACUCCUAUAUGGCCACCAUCAGGAAUUGCUCCAGAAAUUAGGUUGAUGGUAGAUGCUUCGUGGUGUCGCAGGGGCAUGGCUGUGGCUCGUACCAAGACCCAUGGUGUGACGCUUACAGAGUGUUCCAGUGGGGAAGAGAAACCCACCUUACCACUAUGGACAGAUGGGAUUGGCUGUGAACGGAGAAGUAACCCCUGCCACGGGCGUGAUGCACCCAACAGGGCAUCUUGGCCGGCAGCUUCUACGUUGCUAUGGGCUGGGCUAGAUGGGAUGGGGAGUGAGGGUGAGGGAGAGGAAGGGGGCAGCAUGUCCCCUAUAGGCUUGCCUCAGUACCGCCGCCACUCCACUGACACAACCCACCUCGGUCUCAACUCUUCUUCUCCUAUGAUCGCAAAGACUAGAAGCACCGACAACAUAACUGUGGGGAAUGAUGUAAGCAGUGCUAAGAGUGGCUGUUUAGACAGUAAUUUACAGCACCUUUUGCUGCUUAAUUCCAUCCUGCCAACCUCUUCACCUGCAACACCCACAUCGCAGUACUCUCUCUUCAGUUCCACUACCUGAGCUGUUUUUCUUGUGGAUAUUUUAUAAGUGGAUUGUCACAUUGGGUUACUGGGCCACCAAUGGCCUUUGGAACAUUGAACUACAAUAGCCUGGAUUAUAAGACAGUAUUAUGCAUAUUGUGGUUCAUAGUGAUUUUUCAGUACAGUAUUAUGGUAUAAGAAGAAGCAGUACCAUUUUUAUUGUGACAAUAGCCAUAAUAUUUUAAAUCUAUACUGUAUAGUAAAGAUUUUACAUUAUCAAUAUAUGAGAAUGGUACACUUGUGCUACACUCAGUCUCUGCUUCAAUAAUUAUCAAUGAGACAUAGUUAUACAGACUUGGCAACCUACUGGCAAGGCACAUUUGUUUAAAUUAACUUGUCUUUAUAUAUACAUGUACGGUGGUCAGGAUUGAGACUGAGAUACAGUACGUGGGUGGUAAGAGAUCUUUCUCUGAACGUAAGAAAAUCAUCAGGAUAGAAUUAGGGUACAUCCUGUAGGUUCAGAAAAGUGUACAGUACUUGAUAACUAUCCAGUACUGUAAUGGCUUAAAUACAACAUAUUUGCUUCUUGAAAAUGGUCGGUGCAGAGCAUCACCUAACUUAAGUUCUCACUUGGGUGAGACACCACCAUUUUGUUUCCCUGUUGAUAAGUUUUGUUGUGUAAUGGUCCGCCCACAAUGUAAUUUUAAAAUUUUUAAAUAGUAUUCCAGGUGGAUGGCUGGUCCCAGUAUAUAGCCUGGCUUUUGAAGAGCAGUAUACUGUAUAUGCUUUAUCCAUUUUGCUCUUUUUUGUAAAAUUUCUACAACUUGUUACUAACCAACCCCAGGAAAGAUAGCAGAUUCUCUUUAUAAGAGAGAUGGUGAAAGGUGUCUGGUACAUGGUUCUGGUGCAGUGCUGUGCAUUACACAAAUAACAAUUAAAAAAAAUUAGGUGCAAGCAUAGUACAUUAUUUUAUCAGAUUUUUUUUUUAUUGUGAAUUGGAAAAUGUGUUAGUUGUAUUGACUUGGAGCAAGUCUUUGUAGGAUCAUACUGUCAUGGUAAUUUAGAUAGAUUUACACUGCAGUAAGUGGAUUUCCUGUACAAGUGAUAUAUACAGUUCUGUACUGUACUGUACUGUAAUGUACGGGGACGUGGUAGACCUGUUCACAUACUGCAGUGUCCUUAAACUAUAUAACACAACUGUAUUGGAAAGAUAUGGCAACUAUGGAGUGUUAAAUUUUUUUAUGUCUGUGCGUACAUUAACGUACAGUAGACUCGUAACUUGCACGUAUUUUUCUUACGCGGUUUCAACUAUACACGGAUUACCCCGGGGGUUAGGUUACAAUUUCCAAUUUCAAACUCAAAAUUUUCAAAAUGGGUCAUAAGCGCGCCAGACGCUAGCCCGCCAAAGCUCCACCCCUGCCACCCAAACUCUGUCUUCAGUUGCCUUGUGGGUAUUGUUGGAGUAACAGUUGCCUCUCGUGUGUGUCAAUUUGCGCUUAAACCUCUCAUACUCGUUUAUAAUGCCCAAACAUAAGCCAACCUCUACCUCUGGUCCCCCAGCAAAGAAACAACGCUCUGUUAUGAUCUUGGAAGAAAAAAUGGCCGUUUUAGAUUUAAUAAAGGGCGGAAUGUCGGUCGCUGCUGUGGCAUGGAGGUACGGACGCAACGAAUCAAGCGUGAGGUCCAUUAAGAUUUGGGAGAAGGAAAUUCGUGAACCGUGUCUAAAAGUGCCUCAUUUACUGCUAAGGUGACUAGCCAGGUUAGAGAUGUAACUCUAGUGAAGGUGGAGAAGGCAUUAAACAUCUGGGUAGAGGAUAUGAACCAGAAACGUGUCCCCCAUCGACGGCAACGUGCUCAGGGUGAAGGCACCGAGUCUUUAUGACCAAUUUUAAUCUGAGGUUCCUCAGGGCAAAGCGAUUUAGGGGAUUUUUAGGAGUGUCUGAUUUUACGUGUUUUUUGGCUUUACGCGAAGUCCCGGGAACGUAACCCCCGCGUAAGUUGCGAGUCUACUGUACUCUUGUGCUGCAAAUGGAGCACUCAUGAAGGUUCUAGACUUGGAAACAGUAUAAUAGGUUUAGUAUUUAGUAUUUUGGUUAAUGUGUCACCGGUGGUAGAUUAUCAUAUUAAAGUUCCCCAGAGUAUCCUGUGUUAACUAAAAGAAUCAUUAUAUUAUUUUUUUGUUUUAUGUAUAACUCACUCAACCCAUUGCUUGGAUACUAGACAGGUGCGCACACAUGGGGAGGCACUGAGCUUGUUCAUUAACUGGGAACAUUGAGGUAUGUAUCUGGGUGUAGGCUUUUUUUUUCUUUCUUCAAAUGUGAGUUUAAAAGGUUCAUCAUGUAAUGUCUUGGUUAUAGCAUCAUAGGUAUCAUAAGGUACCAUUUUAGGUAUCAUCAGGUACCAUCAUAGGUAUCAUGAGGUAUCAUAAUAGGUAUGAUCAGAUACCAUCAUUGGUACCAUCAGGUACCAUCAUAGGUAUUACUGUAUUAGGUACUAUCAUAGACAUCACCAAGUACCAUCUUAGGUACAAGUAGGGGACCAUUUAUCCGGCAUCCUAGUAUCUGGAACACUUAUAAAUCAGUUAUAUUCUGGAACAAAUUACAAAAGUCCUCGUUUAAUGUUGUCCCAGGCAGUGUUGUUUCAUUAUACAUGGUAAUGUUAUUACUCUUUAGAUACCCAUGAGUCUGACAACAUUGUUUUACAAUCCACUCGAUUGGUUACAAUGUUACCCUAACAUUGUCACCCAGCACGGACUACUUUGUAUGGCAUGUCUUGCUGUGCUAUGCUUUCUCUCACACAGCAUCACAGAGUCUCCAAGCAUCUUCUUCCCAGUCUUUCAAAAGGUUCUACAGCAGACUGACAUGUUUAAGUGUUUUUGUGGUAAAUACUGUGCUGUAACCCAUUGAAAUGGCUUCCAGGCCCCCAUCAAGUGGUAGUGAUGCUACGAAAAUGAAUGUUGUGGACAUUGGUAUGGCAUUGGACCUAACCCCCACAACUGUGUGUAGUAUCCGGACCAACACAGACAAAAUUUAAGGCCCAUCGGUAAAUACAAUACAAAAUGAUUGUUUUAUCUUAUUAAUUAAACAUUAAUUUAGCUUCUACAGUAUUUAUCUUUUUGGAUGUAUAGGUAUAAU